UUAUGGAUGAUGGGGAGACAUGGAAGGUGGCAGAAUGUCUGAUUAAACAUAUCCUACUUUUUCUUGCUGUUGUGGCUUUUUUGGACUGUUGGUUUGUUUUUGAAGCAAGAUCAGGACAAUCACUGAACACAGAGAAAUUGUGAUAGAUUAGUGGUCUUCUAAUAUCACCCAUGGUGUCAAUUUCUAAUCAUGAAGCUUGGCAAACCUAUUUUCUAUAUUCCUCGUUACAUGGCUUCACAGUGUUCUUUAGUUAAAACAUGUUCAGAAACUCAGUUUGAUGGUUGGUCCAUGUGGACCUUGGUGUGUACACAUCCAAAUUGCUGGUGUUCUCCCCACUGUAUUGAUGGAAAGCAUCUCAUGAUUCUAUUCCUUUUUUAUCUUUAUGCUUCAAAGUGAAAAAUGUCCUACUAGAUCGCAACCCAUCCAAGAACUUCUAUGUAGGCCUCAGAUUAUUGAUGGCUGCAAUGCUUGUCCUGCUCCAAAGAGGCUUCUAACCACAUGAAGGAUGUGUAUCUCCGGCCUCAGUGAUACUUUACAUCGUCCGCUGCAAAGAAGACGAGGAAGGAAGCAGCAAGCAAACCAAACCCUCCCCUGAGGCGGAUUCUUCUGCUUCAUCUGCCCUAUUUGCUCUUCGAUCUUGGCGUCGAAUCCCUAACGGUUGAUCUUUCUGGUGGGAAUUUGGCGGAAAGAUGAGCUCCGAUCCGAACAACGACUGCGCGGGGUGGCUUUUCGCCUCGGAUUUCAUCUGGGACGCUCGGAUCAUCGACGGCCCCUCAGCUUCGAGUGCAAUGCUUGGGUUUGAUGUGUUGAGCAAGGAGGACAACUGCCCAAACAAUGGUUCCCGGAAGAAACGAAACCGUGUGGAGUCAUGUGCUGCACCAGGCACAAAAGCUUGCCGUGAGAAACUGCGAAGGGAUAGACUCAAUGAUAGGCAUGUUCGACCACCAUGCAACUGUUGCCAUAUGCUGGAAAAAGCAGCCUGUUUGUUCACGGAGUUGUGCUCGGUCAUGGAUCCUGGAAAGCCUCCCAAGACAGACAAAUCUGCCAUUUUGAGUGAUGCCACUCGUCUUAUGAACCAUUUGCGUCUUGAAGCAGAGAAGCUCAAAGACUCGAAUGAAGCACUCAAAGAUGCCAUAAAGAGUCUGAAGCAUGCCUUGCAGGCAGAGAAAUUGGAGCUAAGGGAUGAGAAAAUGAGGCUGAAGGCUGAGAAGGAGCGGACGGAACAGAUGCUCAAAGCCAUUAGCACUACACCCCAGUUCAUGACUCAACCAGCUGCCGCAACUCGUCAUUCAGCAUCAGUUGCCGCUCACAUCAAAACCAUCCCGCACCCGAACUACAUGCCAAUGGGCAUGUGGCGAUGGAUACCUCCAGCCGCUUUGGAUACUUCUCAGGAUCAUGUGCUAAGGCCGCCUGUUGCUUAGUAACUUUUUCCAAUAUCCUGGCAUUAAAAACACUCAUCAUUUAGCUUGCAUUGGUUGUUAAUGUCAACUUAUCUAAAUGUAUUGCAGAUUUAUCAUCUGUGUCAGAAUUUUUUAGUCUCAUUCAAGUUUUUAGAUCUUGGUAAAUUGUAACAGAACUAAAAUUUUAUGAAGAUGGAAUGGAUGCGUGGACUAUGACCAGCUUGA